UGCCGUCCUCGCCGCCAGUCCGCCGGCCCGCAGCCCGCCUCAGCCCCCGCCCCUGGCCAGCCCGGUGCGGCGGCGGCGGCGGCUCAUGGCGGCCGUGGGGGCCCCCCAGCAGGUGCGGAUGGCCCAGCAGCAGGUCUGGACGGCGCUGGAGGUGGCGCUCCGCGUUCCCUGCCUUUUCAUCAUCGACGCCAUCUUCAACUCUUACUAUGAUGCCAGCCAGGGCCGGUUCUGCGUCGGGCUCCAGAUCCUCAUCCGGCUCCUGGGUAUAUUCGUAUCCAGUGUUGUUCUGAUCUUGUCACAGCGAUCACUUUUCAAGUUUUACAUGUACAGCUCAGCCUUUCUACUAGCUGCAACUUCAGUGUUGGUGAAUUAUUACGCCUCUUUGCACAUUGACUUCUAUGGUGCCUACAACACAUCAGCAUUUGGAAUUGAAUUUCUUCCUCGGAAAGGGCCCUCACUAUGGAUGGCACUCGUUGUUCUUCAACUAACAUUUGGAAUUGGAUAUAUCACAUUACUUCAAAUUCAGUCCAUCUACUCACAGCUGAUCAUAAUGAAUUUCUUGAUUCCUGUAAUAGGCCUAAUCACAGAGCUACCCUUACAUGUCAGAGAGACUUUAGUUUUUGCUUCUUCCCUGAUUCUGACAUUAAAUACCACACUUGUGUUGGCUGUGAAAAUUAAGUGGUUUUAUUAUUCUACACGAUAUGUUUAUCUUUUGGUAAGGCAUAUGUAUCGUAUUUAUGGAUUACAGCUAUUGAUGGAAGAUACCUGGAAAAGGAUUCGUUUCCCAGACAUACUGCGAGUCUUCUGGCUAACAAGAAUUGCAGCUCAAGCUUCUGUGUUAAUAUACGUUUUAAAGAUGGCAAAUGACACCGGAGAAAAUUCCUACCUUAUUUCUUGGGAUAAUUUCUGGGAACUAAUUUGCAAUCUUAUAAUUAGUGGAUGUGAUUCCACACUAACUGUUUUGGGCAUGAGUGCUGUAAUUUCAUCAAUUGCCCAUUACUUGGGGUUAGGGAUACUAGCCUUCAUUGGGUCAACUGAAGAUGAUGACAGGAGGCUUGGCUUUGUAGCACCUGUUUUGUUUUUUAUUUUGGCUCUGCAGACAGGUUUAAGUGGGUUAAGGCCAGAAGAAAGACUUGUUCGCCUAAGUAGAAACAUGUGCCUUUUAUUAACUGCAGUCCUACAUUUCAUCCACGGAAUGACAGACCCCGUAUUAAUGUCUCUCAGUGCCUCUCAUGUGUCAUCUUUUCGUAGACAUUUUCCUGUGCUCUUCGUCUCUGCUUGUCUUUUUAUUCUUCCAAUUUUGCUCAGUUAUGUUCUCUGGCAUCAUUAUGCACUAAAUACGUGGCUGUUUGCAGUUACAGCAUUUUGUGUGGAACUUUGCUUAAAAGUAAUUGUAUCUCUCACUGUUUAUACGUUAUUCAUGAUUGAUGGCUACUAUAAUGUCCUCUGGGAAAAGCUUGAUGAUUACGUCUACUACGUUCGUUCAACAGGCAAUAUUAUUGAAUUUAUAUUUGGAGUGGUUAUGUUUGGAAAUGGGGCUUAUACCAUGAUGUUUGAGUCAGGAAGUAAAAUUCGGGCUUGCAUGAUGUGCCUACAUGCAUAUUUUAACAUCUACUUACAAGCAAAGAAUGGCUGGAAGACAUUUAUCAAUCGUAGAACUGCUGUUAAGAAAAUUAAUUCACUUCCUGAAAUAAAAGGGGGCCGCUUACAUGAAAUAGAUGAUGUCUGUGCAAUCUGCUAUCAUGAGUUUACAACAUCUGCUCGUAUUACGCCAUGUAAUCAUUACUUCCAUGCACUUUGCCUUCGGAAAUGGCUGUAUAUUCAAGAUACUUGUCCAAUGUGCCAUCAAAAAGUAUACAUUGAAGAUGUGAAGGAAAACGCAAACUCGUCUAACAACAAUGGGUUUAUCUCACCCAAUGAAAAUCCGGAGCAAGUUGUAAGAGAAGCUGCUGCUGCUGCUGAAUCGGACAGGGACAUAAAUGAAGAUGACAGUACGGAUUGUGAUGAUGAUGUUCAACGUGAAAGAAAUGGAGUGAUUCAGCACACAGACACAACAGCUAAAGAAUCUCUUAAUGAUGAUACUGACUGAUUAAAAAUGGCAUUUAUUAAUCACUGAGGUAUUUGUUUAAAAUUCAGUUCAACAAAAAUGGAGUAAAAUACUUCACUUCAGUGUGUAACCAAGCACAAAAACAGUAUCAAUGUUGAGUCUGUGAAUGGUUUUCCGUUUACUGUGAUGUGCUACUGUAAAUAUACCUCUUUAAUUACUGCUGGUCUCUUUGGUGACCUAUUUAAAUUUGUGUACAUUAUUGUACAUAGAAUAAAACGUUUUCACAUGUUUUUAAGACAAAGUUGGACAAAAAAAUUUUUGAUAGAUGUAAUGAUCAUACAGUGCGUCAACUGUGCCAAAGAUACACAUGUGCUAGCUCUGGACCCCAGUUUUCUCAUUGAAAUGGAUAGUUAAAAUGCAAGAAAGCAAACCUUUACAAUGAAUUAUCUAGCCCUGAAAAACUUAAGAUAUUUUACACAGACUAAACUGAAAGUAUGAGCAAGUGUUUUCUAAGGAUAUGAGAGCCACACAUGGGGUAGGUUUAAAAUCCAAGAAAAUAAACUUCCUGGAAUGUAACUGA